UGGAGGAGGAGGAGGCGGCGGCGGCGGGAAGAUGUCGGCCUCUACGGCGGCCGGGAAGCAGCGCAUCCCCAAAGUGGCCAAGGUGAAAAACAAAGCCCCGGCCGAAGUGCAGAUCACUGCCGAACAGCUCUUAAGAGAAGCUAAGGAACGAGAACUUGAGCUUCUCCCGCCACCUCCCCAGCAGAAGAUCACCGAUGAAGAAGAAUUAAACGAUUACAAACUCAGAAAAAGAAAGACUUUCGAAGAUAACAUACGGAAGAACAGAACUGUCAUUAGUAACUGGAUAAAAUACGCACAAUGGGAAGAAAGCUUAAAGGAAAUACAAAGGGCCCGUUCCAUAUACGAGCGCGCCUUGGAUGUGGACUACAGAAAUAUCACCCUGUGGCUGAAAUAUGCAGAAAUGGAAAUGAAGAACCGCCAAGUUAAUCAUGCUCGGAAUAUCUGGGAUCGGGCCAUUACAACUCUCCCCCGGGUCAACCAGUUCUGGUACAAGUACACGUACAUGGAGGAGAUGCUGGGGAACGUCACCGGAGGCCGGCAGGUGUUCGAACGCUGGAUGGAGUGGCAGCCUGAAGAGCAGGCCUGGCACUCCUACAUCAAUUUCGAGCUGAGGUACAAGGAGGUGGACCGGGCCCGCUCCAUCUACGAGCGCUUCGUUAUUGUCCACCCCGAUGUGAAGAACUGGAUCAAGUACGCUCGCUUUGAAGAGAAGCACAGCUAUUUUGCCCACGCGAGGAAGGUGUACGAGAGGGCCGUGGAGUUCUUCGGAACGGACCAUAUGGACGAGCAUCUCUACGUGGCCUUUGCCAAGUUUGAGGAAAACCAGAAAGAAUUCGAAAGAGUGCGCGUGAUCUACAAAUACGCCCUGGAUAGAAUUUCAAAGCAGGAGGCCCAACAACUCUUUAAAAAUUACACUAUCUUUGAGAAGAAAUUUGGGGACCGGAGAGGUAUCGAAGACAUCAUUGUGAGCAAACGGAGAUUCCAGUAUGAAGAGGAAGUGAAGGCCAACCCGCACAACUACGACGCCUGGUUUGACUACCUGCGGCUGGUGGAGAGCGACGGCGACCCGGACACCGUCCGGGAAGUGUACGAGAGAGCCAUUGCCAACGUGCCCCCCAUUCAGGAGAAGAGGCACUGGAAGAGAUACAUCUACCUCUGGAUCAACUACGCGCUCUACGAAGAGCUGGAGGCAAAGGAUCCGGAGAGGACCAGGCAGGUGUACCAAGCUUGCGUGGAACUGGUUCCUCACAAAAAGUUCACGUUUGCCAAAAUAUGGCUUCUGUAUGCGCAGUUCGAAAUAAGGCAGAAAAACCUGCCGUACGCAAGAAGAGCUUUGGGAACGUCUAUAGGCAAAUGUCCAAAGAACAAGUUAUUUAAAGGCUACAUCGAACUGGAGCUGCAGCUGAGGGAGUUUGACCGGUGCCGGAAACUCUACGAGAAGUUCCUGGAAUUCACCCCAGAGAACUGCACGUCGUGGAUUAAAUUUGCGGAGCUGGAGACCAUCCUGGGCGAUAUCGAGAGAGCCCGGGCGAUAUACGAACUGGCCAUUAGCCAGCCGCGAUUAGACAUGCCCGAGGUGCUCUGGAAAUCCUACAUUGAUUUUGAGAUCGAACAAGAAGAGUCGGAAAAAACCAGGCACCUUUACCGGAGGCUGCUGCAGCGGACACAGCACGUCAAGGUCUGGAUCAGUUUUGCCCAGUUUGAGCUGUCGGCCGGAAAAGAGGAGAGCCUGGCAAAAUGUCGACAGAUUUACGAAGAGGCCAACAAGACGAUGAGGAACUGUGAGGAGAAAGAGGAACGGCUCAUGCUGCUAGAAUCCUGGCAGAACUUUGAAGAUGAAUUCGGAACGGAAUCCAGCAAGGAGCGGGUACGCAAGCUCAUGCCAGAGAAAGUCAAGAAGAGGAGAAAAGUUCAGGCCGAAGAUGGGUCGGAAGCCGGGUGGGAGGAGUACUACGAUUACAUCUUCCCGGAGGACGCGGCCAACCAGCCUAACCUCAAGUUGCUCGCCAUGGCCAAGCUGUGGAAGAAACAGCAGCAGGAGAAAGACGCCGCCGAAAAGGACCCGGACAGAGACGCCGACGAGAGCGGCGGCGAUGUAAGCGGGGCCGUGUCACGCCAGGCCUUCUCCCCCCCGCCCCCGGGCUCACAGGACAGCCGGUGGAAGAGCUGGCGGAACCCUAAAAUUGCAGUAGGAGUAAGAACAUCUUUUUCCAGGGGCAACAGAGUUUCAGGUUACCUGUUGGUCGUGGUCUCUCCCUCGCCUGCCAUAACGUCGGUUUAUGAGCCGGGCACCCAGUUUUUCUCUACUAGAUUAUCACUGAAACCGCUACCUCUCUUACCCUAGCCGCAGGAUUUUAAAAGUGUGCCUAAACCAAUGUCAAGCCAGCACGGGGCGAGACCACUCGCCAUCCCUCAAGGUGACGUCAGCUAGGCUGCCCGGGUGGUGAGAUGGUCGCCCCCCUGGCCAGCCGCGAUGACUUGAUAUCCCCAUUCCCGCCCCCGGACUACAUUCCCGUAGUGACCCGUUAAAGGGCUGUCCUCCAAAUACCUCUUGUAAAGCCCGAAAAACUCUGGUAAAAUUCCCAGCUAAACAGCCGGUUCUUCCUGAGGCCCAGCGGUGUCGUCUAAGCUUUGCAAAACUGUGCUCAGUUGAUUUUAGUCCCCCGUCCCGCCGUCACUCCAGUGCCCCGCUGCGUUUCUGGAAUUAGCCAAGUUGCUCGACCAUUUGAGGCAGAUCCGGGCCUGGUUUUUUCCCUCCGAGUGGCCCCGAUCACCCCUCCAUCCAGGGCCGGUAGGGGUGAAACAUCCUUUUUCAGGGGUCACUGAGUCGUAGGGGUGAAAUGAAACAUCCUUUUUCAGGGCUCACUGAGUCUUAGAGCAACAAGAACAUGGUGGUUUCCUUUCCGCGUUGUUUUCCUACGUGUUUUUGAACUUUUGGCAAAGGAUACUUCCAAUGGUUGAACAGAUUUGUAAUAAAAGCUAUGAAAUGCUAA